UGCUCGCUGGUUACAUGUCGCAGCCAGCGGCGGGUGAGAGAGACGAAUCCUGCUCGCAGGUGUUCCGGGAAAAUGAAGAGUGACUCGUAACUGUGCGGCUUGUCCGGGGAUGAAGGAUUUAUCUGCGUUUGCAGUGAUUACGAAGGGCUGACAACUCAGAGGAGACAGAGAGAGAGCGAGCAUGAGCUCAGGCAUGCAGAAACCAACUGUGGCACCUAAACCAAAGUUGGCCCAGUACCAGAGGGCAGGGCCGUCUCCCCCAAUCCCCAAGAGAGAUGGCCUCUCGCAACCUUCUCCUGCCACCCAGAGGAAGGCUAAACCAGCCCUGGCUCCCAAACCCUGCCUCGCUAAACUUACCCCCAAAUCCAAGCCACUCAUUUCAAAGAGCCAGAGCCAAACGUCUGCAUUAGAAACCCCAACGACUGUUGGGCGUCUGAACUCUGAGAAUGGAUUACAACAAGGGGGCAAGAAGCCUGACUGGGAUUAUGUUAUUCCUAUUUGUCUUUGUAGCCAGGAAAACUGCUCGUGCAUCAGGAACAGAAACCUAAAGAAAACAGAGAAAGACUUUGAAACGCCACUCCGGGAUAGGACUGUGGAAAACAGAGAGGCUGUUCUUACGUCCCGGGAAACGCUCGAUCACCACCAGGGGAAGGCAGGCAAUGGGAACAGCCAAGUGAUAAACGUUUCUAAUCGCAAACCUCUACAUGAGACAUUUAUUGCGGACAAAGAUCCCAACACAGACUCUGAUACCUCAAGUCCUGAAGUAAGUGUCAAGCCUCGUCUUCCUCACACCACGUUAUACGAUGAGGAACGUGCCAAUGCAAUAUUUCAAAGUGUACCUGGACAAGGACCAGAGGAUGUUGCCUCAGAAGAAACCAGGUUGUCCCCGCCUAAAUCAACCUCUAGGAAGCCUCUCCAUGUCCCUGUACCACGGAAAGACCGAACAGCUGUCCAGGUCCAUCAGGAAAAGGUGGAGGGACAGAGGGAAGAGACUGCAAUCGAGGAAGGGAGGGAAGAAGACGUCAAAGAGUGCAAAAUGUCAUUAGACGGGAUGGGCAGCUCAUUCUCGUCUGUCAGCGGACCUGAGAGUGAAAACAAACUGCCAGUUUUUCUGUCGGCGAGAAGAGCUUGUGGCCCACCAGUACCUCCGCCCAGGAAGAAGCCUUUCCUGUGCAAUCCAAAGAAAACACCAACCUCUGCUCCUCAGACACCACCAAAGGAUGGGCAGGAGGACGAUUUGGCUUGGGAAAGCAGCAUCUAUGAGAGAGAGAUAUCCGUUGACGGGGAUGAUGAAGAGAUUCAGAGGGAAAGAGAGGCUGAAUGUGGGUCCACAGAUAGCCAUUUGCUCAGUCCACCAGAGAUCAACCAGUGUCGUAGCGUCGCAACGGCAGCGGAGGAGAACGCGAUGGCUAACGUCACUCCAAAGAAACCUCAGAGACACAAAAGCCCAGUAUUGAUGAAGAAAAGGGAAUUUCUUGAGGAGGACGAAGCAGAGAAGUUAGAAGAUUAUGAAGCAAUACAAGUCUGUCCGCUACGACAUGGUGCUCCAGAGGAACAAAUGACAAGAGAGCUGUCUUUGCCGCCAAACGAGAAUUCAAGCAACAGCCUUUCGACCGCUGUAUACGCCAAAUCUUCUCGUUCCAGUCUGAACAAACAGAAAGCCAAAUCCUUCUCUACUGCUGAUGUCGCUCGCUCUGACGUACAGAAGAGAAACACUUUUCGGAAGCUCCUAGACUCAAAACUGAAGAUGUUUCCCAAGAUGAUCGCGAAAGGCGGCCAGAGCCCAGUGACCGGUUCUGAACAAGAUUUGCUCAGGGACCAGAGCACCUUUGAGGAUCCCAGCGCGGAGCGUAAACUCUCCUGCCCGCUAAUCGGAGUUGAGCAGAGUGUGGAUGGAGACGAGUUUGAAGAAGUUCUCCCCCGUAAAAGUCAUGUCUAUGAGGACAUAUUGGACUACACAAACGUGGAUGUGGGCAAAGCAGAGUCAUCUCCUCCGGGCUCCCUCUCUCAGCCAUGGCAUAAUUCACUUUAUGAUGAUGAGGGCAUUUAUGAAGAGCAGUUGCCAUAUAUGUCUCUGGUGAAAACACAGUGUCAGACGCCAAAGGAAUGCGACAGUUCUGUCGAUGAGGAGAUGGCUUUCCAGAACGAGGCCCCCUCGGAUGACGAUAUUGAAGCCAACACCUCCGACGACGACGAGGAGGAUGAAGAUGAUAGCAGUUCUGCGUCGAGCAAAGGCGACCCUGACCAGCCAGAUCAGACUACGACGCCGACUGGACAGAAGAAAAGCAAGAUCCACCACAUCGCCACGGAGAUCAUGAGCUCUGAGAGUGUGUUUGUUGAUGUCCUGAAACUGCUACAUGUUGACUUCCGUGAUGCAGUCACCGCGGCGCCUCGUCAGAGCGGGAAGCCUGUGAUUGAGGAACGUCUCCUGAACCAGAUCCUGUACUACCUCCCACAGCUCUAUGAACUCAACCAAGACUUGCUCAGAGAGUUCACGCAGAGAGUGGCCAAGUGGGAUGGGAAUUCUCAGCUGGCAGACAUUUUCCUGAAGAAGGGGCCGUAUCUAAAGAUGUACUCCACGUACAUCCGGGAGUUUGACAAGAAUGUGGCUCUACUGGUCGAACAGACUAAAAAGAACGCAGCAUUCGGCGCGGUAGUGAAGGAAUUUGAGGCAAGUCCUCGUUGCGCCAACUUGGCACUGAAGCAUUACCUACUGAAGCCGGUGCAGAGAAUUCCCCAGUAUCAGCUGCUGCUCACAGACUACCUAAAAAACCUGUCGGAAGACUCAAAUGACUACAAAGACACACAAGCUGCCCUGGCUAUUGUGAAAGAGGUGGCCAAUCACGCCAAUGACAUCAUGAAACAAGGGGAUAACUUCCAGAAGUUGAUUCAGGUUCAGUGUCGUCUCAAUGGCCACCACGAGGUCGUCCAGCCUGGACGAAUCUUCCUCAAAGAAGGUGUCCUGAUGAAGCUGUCCAGGAAGGUCAUGCAGCCGAGAAUGUUCUUCCUGUUCAACGACACGUUGCUGUACACCACUCCAGUUCAGUCAGGCCAGUACAAGUUAAAAAACAUACUGUCCCUGGCUGGGAUGAAGGUUAGUAAACCAAGUCAGGAGGCCUAUCAGAAUGAACUGAACAUAGAAAGCGUGGAGCGCUCCUUCAUUCUCUCCGCAAGUUCGGCCACGGAGCGAGAUGAAUGGCUUGAUGCGAUAUCCACUGCCAUCAGUGACUUCACCAAGAAGAAGAUCAGUUUUAUAUCAGGCAAACCUCUGGAUGAGGUAGAGAUAAGUGAUGGAUCUCCUCUGGGAUCCAAAGCCCCCAUAUGGAUCCCUGAUCCGCGGACCACCAUGUGCAUGAUCUGCACCUGCGAGUUCACCCUCACCUGGAGGAGACAUCACUGCCGUGCAUGUGGAAAGGUGGUGUGCCAGUCUUGUUCCUCCAACAAAUACUGUCUUGAAUAUCUAAAGAACCAGUUGGCGCGAGUCUGUGACCACUGUUUCGUUAUACUUCAGGAACAGAAAAGUGAAAUGGCCUCGUCAGCAGCGAUAUCCCCUGGAAACAAAGCCACCUUUGCGUUCUCCAGAAGGACCAAGAAGAUUCCCGCAGCCCUUAAAGAGGUGACGGCGAACACGGACAACUCCUCCAUGAGUGGGUAUCUGCAGAGGUCCAAGCACAGUAAAAAGCAGGGCAAGAGGCUAUGGUUUGUCAUUAAAGACAAGGUCCUGUACACGUACGCUGCAAGCGAGGACGUUGCGGCCUUGGAGAGCCAGCCUCUGUUAGGCUUUUUAUUGAAAGUUGAUUCCUCAAAGAAGACACAGUUUACACUCUACCACAAAAACAUACUGUAUUACAUUUUUCGAGCUGAUGAUGUCCAGACGGCUCAAAGAUGGAUCGACUCAUUCAAAGAUGCAGCUGUACUGUAACGUCAGUGGACGAUGUGUGCAGCUGUUGAUCAGACUCAGGCCAGCAUGAAAAGGUUUUCCACCAUGACCUUCAAGAGUUCAGCCAAAAGCAUCUGGAACUCUUUAAAGGACUUAAUAAAUAAUCCUAAUAAAAUGGACUUCAUUUUUUUUUUUUUCUAUUUUAUUACUCAGACAACUUUUCUACAAACUUUAUAGGGCAUUUAUUUCAUAUCAUGUUAUUAAUAACACUUUUUGCCUUAAUUUAUGGAAUUUUAAGGCCUGUAACUUUGUUUUUCUUUUUAUUUUCAUUAAUUAGUCAAUGUCUGACUUGAACCUCUGUGCCACAGAUUUGUUAAUAAAAGUAUAUUGUUGAGAGAUUUGUGGGGCAUACUGAUAUAACACUUUGAUUCACAUUUACCUAUUGCACUUGAUAGGUCAAAUCAGAUCAUGCAAAUCUUUUUUUUUUGUUAUUUAAAAGGUUGAGCCACUGGCAACGGAAGACACUGUAUUCUUUGUGUUGGCACAUGAAUGAUCCAACUUAUAUUAUUGAGUCUUACUUUUGCCUUUAAAUGAAGUAUGUUUUGCACUUUAGACACUCAAAUGGUUGUAGAUGAAGGUUUUCCUUGUAUGCACAUCCUAUUAACAAAAAUGUCAUGAAAGAUUUAUCAAAUUUAAAUAUAAUUUUUAUACAUUUAAUUCUGUUUUGUUACAGUAUGUAUGCCCUGAUAAACUUUCAAUACCCAUUAAAACAUACUUUAGUUGUGAAAAUA